AAUGUAGGGGUAAGUGUGGGGAAUGAUAAAGUAUGUGUGCUUCUUUAUGCAGAUGAUGUAGUUGUUAUGAGUGAAUCAGCAGAUGAGCUUCAAAGUUUGUUGAAUGCUAUGGAUGGGUAUGGAAAAGACUUUGGAGUAGGGUUUAGCAGUGAGAAAAGCAAGGUAAUGAUUGUGAAUAGAUCAGAGAAUAAAAGUAAUGUGGUAUGGAGGCUUGGAAAGAAUGAGUUGAAACAGGUACAAGAAUACAAGUACUUAAGGAUGUGGAUGAGUCCUAGUGGUUGUGGAAAGGCAAAGAAUGAAAAGAUAAGUAUGGUAAACCGGUGGGUAGGUCGAUUGGGAAGCGCGGCAAGGAUGAGAGCAAGUAAGUAUGAUGUGUUGAGAGAACUGUGGAAGAGUGUGGCUGUGGCAAGUAUAAUCUAUGGUAUGGAUGAGAUUGCAUGGAAUGAAAGUUAAAUUGAUAAGUUAGAAGUGAGCCAGAAUAGAGCAGCAAGGGUGGCACUUGAGUGCACCAAGGUACACAGAAGUUGAAGCCUCGAGAGGUGACAUGGGGAUGGAGCACCUUUAGGGAAAGACUCACAAAAGCUACACUUAGGUACAAGAUUAGGCUUGAGAGAAUGGAUGAUGCAAGAAUAGCAAGGAAGGUGUACCAGUGGAAUGAAAGUGGAAGCAAAUGGAGGAAGAGGUGCAUGAGAAUGACAGACAGGAGUGGAUUACAAGUUGUGUGAGCGAUGAGAAUGGCUGGGAGUAAUCAAAAUGAGCGUGAAUGGGUGGUAACAAGAGGAGGCAGAGUGGGAGCUGAAUGGGAUGUGAGAAAAUGGAAGAAUGAGAUAGACAAAGAAGUGAAAUGUGUGGGACUGAAUGAAUGGAAGAAUGAGAUGGAAAGAAAGAAGACCUUGGAAUGGUACAAGGAGAAAGGGGCCCCGAGGUAUGAAAGGUGGUAUGAUGGAAGCCUAUAUGAUAUGAUUAAUUAUUCUUGAAGGUGCUGGUGGCCUCCAAGCUCCUUCGCUUGACCCAGUAGACAUGAAAGUUGAGGAAUUAUUAGGGGAGAAGAAUGCAACUGUGAUGGGUGUGAUUCAGAAUGAUCUCGGCUUUCAUACGUUGAGGAAGCUGCAGACUCAGCAACGGCAGGAAGACACUGAAGAGUUGGGAGAAGAACCACCCCAGCAACAGGUAGAGGAUGAUAGUGAACUCCCUCAGCUUCAUUGGCAAAGUGUCCAAGUCCAGCCCCAACCACAACAAUCUUUGCACAAGGCCCAGCACUUAGAACUCUUGGAGGAUGGGUCCUUUAUAGAAUGCACCAUAACUGAACCUGAAACCUCUAAGGCACAACCAAGCAUAUCAACACCAAAACUAAGAAAGUGUUCAAGUGUCAGUGAUAAGUAUGAACAAUACAAAGCUGAAAAAACACAAAUUGAAACUUGAAAAGGAAAAGGAAAAAAUUGAAAAAAAGGAAAGUAAAAUUGUUAGCAUUGAAGGGAAACAUUGAACUUAAACAGAAGUUAAUGAUGGCUGAAAUUGAAUAUUACCAGUCUUUAACAGCAAAAAAUAUGAAAAAUUAAUAAGUCAAUUGUAUAGGCUUCAUUUUUGGUACUGUAGAAAUUUAUGCUGAGGAAAUAAAAAUAUAUUAUUUUAUUUAUUAAGAUUUUACAGUAUAUUGCAGUAUUAUUAACAAGAUUGAAUCUCAUGAAGAUUGUCCACCCCAGAGUACCCAACUGAAAAUUGUCCACCUCAGCUGCUCUUGGCAUCCAACACCAAAGUUUAGGUUAGGUUAGGUUAGGGAAUGGUCGGGUCAGCUGAACAUUGUCCACCCCCAGUCUCGCUCUCAUGAAGAUUGUCCACCCUAACAUGCUUGGGGUGGACAAUUUUCA